UUCCGCAAGGAUGUAAACAAUGCACAGUAGUUAUUAACUUAUUUCUAACAAUUUAAACAUUUGUUUACAUUAAAAUAUAUGUUAAACAGAAUUCCCAACUGUUCAAUUACUUUAUUCCAGCUAAAUAUGGAGGAUAUGUGACGAUUUUUUUAUAAUUAUCGAGUUUUAAAGUUGUCAAACAAGUUUGUAAGAGCUAUGGAACCUGCCGUUGCCCUCGCAUCACAGCCUGUAGAGGAGAUAGUUAUAAAGUGUGAGGUGAUCGAGAUUUCAGAUGAGGAACCUGGCUUGGAGGAGCCAAAAAAAAAGCGUCGCAAACGUGUCACACCGAAAUCUCCGCAGGCCUGCGAGGAGUGCGGGAAAACCUUCCAAACGGGCUACGAAUUAAAAAAACAUAAACGCACGCACACCGGAGAGCGUCCGUACAUGUGUACAACGUGCGGCAAGACCUACACACAGCUGGGACAUUUGAGUAUACAUAGUUUAUCGCAUAAGGGUAUAAAAAACUUCAACUGCAACGAAUGCGGCGCCUCGUUCUACAGGAAGGCGGACCUGGACCGCCAUGAGAAAAUCCACACCGGAGAGAAGCCUUACCAAUGCGAGAUCUGCUCGAAGAGUUUCACCCAAAAGAACAAUUUGGUGAUGCACUUCAAAAUGCACCUAGGCGACAAGCCGCAUCAGUGCGAGGUCUGCCUCAAGAGAUUCCUUACGAGGAGCAAGAUGAUGCUCCACUCCAAGAAGCACGAGAAGGAGAGAAAAAAGAAAGAGAUUCUGGGACACAUUUAGUUGAGUGACGGUGACUUUACAGUGUUAGUGUUAAAAUAAAUGUUCACAAGUGU